AUGCAGGCCUGGGUGAAGGAAUACCUCCUGACAACUCCGGGAAUGAUGGCUAUGCUAAAUGGGUAUAGUGCCUAUGAAGAAGAAAAUGAGACACUCACUGAAAGUCUGAGAAGCAAAGUAACUGCUAUAAAAUCUUUUUCCAUUGAAAUAGGCCAUGAAGUUAAAACCCAAAAUAAAUUAUUAGCUGAAAUGGAUUCACAAUUUGAUUCUACAACUGGAUUUCUAGGUAAAACUAUGGGCAAACUGGAGAUUUUAUCCAUAAGGAGCCAAACAAAGCUGCUGUGCUCUACAAUGCUGUUUCAUUUAUUUGUCUUUUUUUGUCAUUUAUUGGAUUAG